AUGGUUUCAUAUGAUAAAACUAGUAUAUCAUCUGGGACUCAUGGUGAUAGACCAGAAUCAUCUAAUGAUGCUAUUCCGUUGACUUCAUUUGGCAGGUGGUCUAGAUAUUGGGAUGAUCUUCUUGGAAAAUGGAAGUGGCCUGUACUUAUUUUUACUUUCCUUGGUCUUAUAGGUUUAACUGUAUUCUCUAUUUAUAGAUUGAUUUAUAAUACGUCGGAACUUGUACAUUAA